UUGCUUUGUAUAACUGCUUCAAAUAAUUGUACUGUCGUACUAUAGUCGUACUAUAUAAAGUUUAUCAAAUAUUAAUUAAAAUAAUUAUUAAUGUAAUUUAAAGUAAAAGUUUGUUUUUCUUGACUGCACAUUGGAUAGAUACAUAUUAAUUGUAAUUUUAUAUUUAAUUAUACAUGAACCUAAUAUAAAAGAUAUAAAAGAUAUCUUAGCGGAUAAUGCUUAUUCGUUUUGUACAUAUUCGUGAUACGCAAGAUAGCAAAUUAUACAGCAAUUACACAUAACUAUUCAAUGUAUGUUUCGAAGAAGAAAGCUGUAGUUAUUUCAUGAUAUGUGGACUAACAUAUUCUUUAGCUUCAUUUUAAUGUACAAUGCAAAAAUUGUGUUAGUAGUUUUAAAGUUAAACCAGGAGUAGACAGUACGAUAAGUUUAUGUCAUUUUACGUAUUUGCUGUGAAAAUAUAAAAAUUAUAUUAAGAAGGAAAAAUCUUUUAAAUACAUUAACACUGAAAUGUAUUGAUAAAUUAAUUAUUAUUAUAAUCUACAAUAAAAAUUAUUGUGCUCUUGUAAUACUUUGGUAAAUAUGUUCAAAUCAUCAUCGAAGUUUCAAAGAGUCAAACAUAAAAGAAAAGAAAACAUAUGGCAGCUAUUUCAUGCCACGGAUUUUGAAUCACUAAUGUAUCCUUGCUUCACUUUUUGUCGCAUUCUGGGGAUAUUUCCAUGCAAGAUCAAAGCUUCAACCAUCAAAACUUAUAAACAAGGCCCUUUUCGGUCAAUUGCCUUUACUUGCAGUUUCUGCAUUUGUGAACUAAUAGCGGGUUAUGUCAUAAGUGGACUUAAAAUGAAUACACAUGAUAAUACUCCCAUGGAACUUUGGAGUGAUUGCUUCUACAUUUUAAGCAGUUUUAUAGUAGUCGUCACAUUUAUUUUAAGUAAGUCACGAAUGCGUUUAAUUCAAACUUUACUGGAACUUUCUUUAAGAUUACCCUUGAAAUCAUAUCAGAAUCUAUCUAGACUAAUCCAUGUCAAAGAUAUUUUGGGAUUCUUUAUUGCAGUCGGCAUAGUAUUGAUGAUGGCCAUCAAGUCACGUUAUCCUUUGAUAUACAUUAACGUAUUAUAUAUCAACUUGUUUACGUUUCAAAUGGACAUGCUAUAUAUGAAUUGUGUUUGUGUAUUAAAAGCUUGUUUCAAGCAAGUCAACGACAAUCUGGCAAAUCUGCAAAAAUUUGUAGUGAAUGAUAAACCAUAUGUUCUGAGGAGAACGUAUCACAAGGAAAGAAAUCUAUUCCUGCUAAUGGAAAUCAAAGCUUUGAAGAAGCAACAUUUGGUGAUCAGCGAUACAGUGCAGAUGCUAAACAUGAUUUUUAGUUUGCAACUUCUUACUACUAUAACUAUGGCUUUCGUGCACGUCACUUUUAUACUAUACUUCUACUUAAGACACUGGAAAAUUGGCAUGGUAACAGAUAAUCUUGAUGAUCAGAAUUAUGAUACGACUUGUAUAAUCAUUAUAAUAUAUCAUUCUAUAAAACUGAUAAUGAUAGUAUGGACUUGCGAGAGCGGCAAAAAUCAAGCUGCAGAGAUCAACAUCACCGUUCAUAACGUGCUUAAUAGCAGCAGGAAUGAGGAAAUAAAAUACGAGGUAGUUUUAAAAUAUAUAACUUAGUUUGUAUAUCUCAUCUUAUAUCUUAUACAUAUAUUUGUAUU